GUCAUGUUCUUGUCAGCAGUCAGUACCUAUUCACUGUUGUCUUUUGAGUUUUUCUAAAUGUUUGAUUUUUUAGAUAAAGUACGAGAUGCACUUUUAGAAGAUUUUAUUGAUAUUCUUGAUUUUAUAUCACUUGAAAGUCUUAAUCUAUAUGGCAGACUUACAGAGAAUUUAAUUUUUACUUUAAGAACGCAGUUCAGAAAACCCAGAUGCAAAGACAAAUUCUUGGUAUGAAAUAACCUUAACUAAAAUAAUACCUAACUUAAUUAAAAAUUAAAUUAUUAAUAGUUUUUAAAACAUCUACAUACAAUAUUAAUAAAAACAACAAGAAUUUAUCAAACGUAAAUUGCUAAAGUUUUCAAAACAUGGAAGAUGAAAACGCUGUAAGUGGUACUGAAAUUCCUGAAUCUGGUACCGGUGAAGGUAUAGAAACAAAAGAAGAUGAAAUCGCAAAACUUGAAGGAGAAAGAUUUGAGAAAGCAGAAGGACAACAUGUUGAAGGGGAACAAGUUGAAGAAGAACAACAUAUUGAGAGAGAACAUAUUGAGAGAGAACAUAUUGAGGGAGAACAUAUUGAGGGAGAGCAUAUUGAGGGAGAACAUAUUGAGGGAGAACAUAUUGAGGGAGAACAUAUUGAGGGAGAACAUAUUGAGGGAGAGCAUAUUGAAGGAGAACAUAUUGAGGGAGAACAUGAGGAGGAUGAGCAUGUAGAGGGAGAACAUAUUGAAGGAGAAGAAAGACAAGAAGAAAAAGUAAUCGAAGGUGAAGAACUUGAAGGAGAGGAGUUAGAAGGUGAGAAAGUUAAAGGGGAAGAAAAAGAGCAAAAAGACGAAGAACAAGUUGAGGAGGAGGAAUUUGUGGAGCCACCACCGCCAGAUCCAGCUGCGCCAUUUAAUUUUACCGACUCGUCAGAAGCCAUUAAACCUAAAUUCGAGUUGAGACCAGACCAAAUUGCAGAAGUAGAGCAGCUUUGGGAACUAUAUCAAAAUUACACUCCAGCGUAUACUGAUAUCCAUGGAUACAUAACUGAAAAAGAAUUAGUUUACAUGCUAAAAUCACUGCUUCUGAUGACAUUUACACCAGAACAGUUGCAAGAGCUCAUAGCAUUUUGUGUCAGGCCACCACAUCCGCAAGGUCAUAUUAAUUACGAACAGUUUUUGAAAAUGGUGACAUUACGACAAAGAGAUUUUCCAAUUGAGGAAGAACUGCGUUCAGCUUUGAAAGUGUUAGAUCCGGGUAAUACAGGCCUAAUAGAUAGAGAAUAUUUUAGAGAAACCUUAUCAAAAUUAGGUCACAAAAUGGCUCCAAAGCUUCUAGACAGCCUAGUAAAAGAAGUAGAUUUAAGUAAUGAUGGGACUAUAGGAGUAGAGGAUGUUAUUGGUACGAUGUGCAUUGAUUUGAAUAAAGAAGAUUUGAUGAUGCUCAGAGCGGCGGUAUACCCUGACGAACAACCAACUGAGAACAAUAAUGAUUAAUUACUAAAAUAUUAUUUUACGUCAUAUACCUACGUUACGUUAUAGGUAAACUGUACGGUUUAACUCUUGAGAGUCUAGUGUCAAAUUCCAGAUUGAGAUGUUUUCCGAAGUUACAGAUAAACGGAGAGUAAUAAUACCAAACAAAAACUUUUAAUAUUUCUGUGAUAGAUUUAUGUAACAUACAGUGGUGUCUUUUGUACAAUCACACUGUAUAAAAAUCACCUUACCUUCA